AGCCGAAGGAGCAAGUGCGGCGACACGGCGACCUGCUAACGAAUGCAGUGAACGCGCCAUGCAAGACCAGGUGCAGGCACACCUCCCCGCAGCGUUAGCAUCUCUCCCAAACCUCUCGCCGUGAAAGUAUCGUGCCCAUGCGACCACUUCGUUGUGACAUCCACCGCCGGAUCUCAUCUGCAUCGCUGCACUCCCUGCGCUCCCAGUAUUGUUAUCCACACCGUCUCUGCUGGGUCGAGUGUUGAGGGGCACGACGAUUUACCAUGGGGUGUGGUGCCUCCCGUCCAGAGAACGGCUCGGUUGCGCCCGUCAGCGUCAACAACGUCUCGCAGUCUUCACGCAGCCUCGUCGCUCGUCCCACGCCAGCCCACUCACCCCGCGCGUCCCAAAAUGCCCUCCACGGCCGUCACAUCGAAGCACGCGACCGCCCAAACCAUGCCUUGAAACCAAUAUCCCCGGUCCAGCGCUCCCGCCUGCCGAGCAACACGCUUGCCUCCCCAACUGCAAAGAGCAGUCUCCCUGGCUCCGCGAACCCCUCCUGGACGCGCUCACGGCUGGACAAGGAGCGCAAUGAUUGGUGGGACACACGCGUCACUGGGAGUCAAGAGAUGUGGUCUGCCAUUCGCAUGGCUGCGGAGCAUCUGCAGAAGGGAGAGAUACAGGAGGCGCAGACAAUCCUCGACGCGGCAGGGUGCACUUGCCCUUCUGGCGAGUUGUGGAGGGCCGUGUACGACUCUACCGGCAUCAAGUACAAGGUGCCUGAAUGGCUCGUCGUUUUGCCCGACGGCUUAGUGGAGGAGGAGGAAGGCGCGACUGGACCUGCAGGCUCGGCCAUUCCUUGUGCGUAUGGUAUGGGUGGCGACGAGAUGCAGGAGAAGACAGAGGAGCAGGGCGACACGGCGCUGAUAAAAAUACGGUUGAGUAGCACUCAACGCGACGUUAAACUCAGGGUUCGGAAGAACGAACGCGUUAUGGCGAUCGUAGACCAGCUCAAGCAGGACGCACAACUGAGCCCCAGCUCCAGGAUCCGGCUUGUCUAUCUCGGUUAUCUGUACCAAGAGCACGAGACGCUCGAUUGUCCAAAGGCGUUGUGGGAUUUCGGUCGCGACGAUCAAGUCCUCGUAGGGCUGGUGGUCAGCGAGUAACCCCCUUCGAGCCAACUAAUAUCUGCGACGUCUCAACUUUUCUGUAAUCCCAACAGCCAAUGAGUUCGUCGUCGGAAUGUGCCUGGUGGUUCUCAGCAUCGCAUCGGAGACCGAGUUCGACGUAUCUGCAAGGGUUUGUAUUGAUGCAUCUAGUCCUUCAUUUCAGCCGUGGAGUGGUUCGGGGCGUGUUAAUCUUUCGCUACUGCAUUUGGUAUUGCGGUGAUUCGGAUACCCAGAUACCCCUCUUUUAUUUGUCGCAUACCAUGUGCUCGAGGGAAAGGAUCUUACUUGGAGUAUUGUGUAAUGUUUUAUCUUAGUAUUCUCGCCGUCGUGGCAUCAAUCGUGUUAAUGUGUCAUAGUAAUCUAUAUCUCCCCUUU